AUGUCAGAGGUGCUCUGGAACCAUUCCUCCCUGUCUGGCUUUAUCCUUGCAGGCCUGUUCAGCCACUCAACUUAUGACUCCUUCUUCUUCUCCUUGGUGCUUCUGGCCUUUGGGACUGCCGUGCUUGGUAACACCCUCCUCCUGAUGCUCAUCCAGGCAGAAAGAUGCCUGCACAUCCCUAUGUACUUCUUUCUCAGCCAGCUCUCCAUCAUGGAUUUGACUAUGACAUGCACAGUGGUGCCCAAGAUGGCAGCCGACUUUCUCUCAGGCAGGAAGCUCAUCUCCCUGUGGGGCUGUGCAUCACAGAUCUUCCUUGUGGUCACAGUAGGAGGAGCUGAGUGCUUCCUCUUGGCAGUCAUGGCCUAUGACAGAUACAUGGCUGUCUGCCACCCACUGAGGUACCCAGUGCUCAUGAACUGGAAAGCCUGCUCUUUUCUGGCCUUGGCAUCCUGGAUGGGUGGGAUGGCAGACAGUGUGAUUGACGUGGGUGUGGUCUUCAGCUUCCCCUAUUGUGGAUCUUUAGAGGUGGACCACUUCUGUGAGGUCCCUGCCCUGUUGCGCCUCUCCUGUGCUGACACCUCACUAUUUGAGGACCUCAUCUAUGCAUGCUGUGUGGUAAUGUUAUUGCUUCCUCUUGGGAUCAUUGUGGCUUCCUAUGCUCGGGUCCUCACAGCUGUGAUUAGGAUGCCCUCCACUGAGGGGAAACAGAAGGCCCUCACCACAUGCUCUUCCCACCUGGCUGUGGUGGGCCUCUACUAUGGGGGAGCCAUAUUUAGCUACAUGCAGCGGGCCUCAGCCAGAACACCAAUGGGAGACAGAGCCACCUCCAUCUUCUACACAAUCCUCACCCCAAUGUUCAACCCACUCAUUUACAGCCUGAGGAAUAGGGAAGUAACCAGUGCCCUGAGGAAGAUGUUGGGGAGGUGGGGCAUGUAG